AUGAGAGGAGAACAUUCGGAAAAAAUCAUGUUGAAGUCAAUUGUGGUGCUGCUGAGUAUUUCAGCGUUUUCGUUCGCUGAUGAUUGCAGACCAUCGGCGACAACAGCUAGCGGUUGGGCGGCGCCCGAGAAAAUUUGUGCAGGCCAAGUGAUUUUCAAAGAAAAUUUCGACACGUUGGAUAAAAAUAAGUGGAAACCAGAAGUAACGCUUGGAGGUGGCGGUAAUGGAGAGUUCCAAUGGUAUGAUGUUGAUAAUGAAAACAGUUUUGCAAAAGAUGGAAAAUUACACAUAAAGCCCACGCUAACGGCAGAUAAAAUUGGCCAAGAUGCAGUCGAACAUGGUCACGUUAGCUUGAACGGUUGCACAGAUCAAGACAAAGCGAAUUGUGAGCGUCAAGCUGGCGGAAACACAAUUAUUAAUCCAGUGAAAAGUGCUCGUUUGAGAACCCACGAAUCAUUCUCUUUCAAAUAUGGACAUGUCGAGGUGGUGGCAAAAACACCCCAAGCUGACUGGCUUUGGCCUGCGAUCUGGCUUCUGCCCACUCAAUGGAAAUAUGGAGGGUGGCCGCGAAGCGGUGAAAUUGACUUGUUGGAGUCGCGUGGAAAUGAAAAAUAUGGAAAUGGAUCGCAAAUUGGUGUCGAACUGGUGUUUUCAACGCUUCAUUUCGGACCGAAACGGGACCAAGACCAUUGGCAAACAGCGCAUUACGAAAGAAAUAAUCCAGCUGGUUACGACAAGGAUUUCCAUACAUACGGCUUUACUUGGGAUCAGCAAGGGAUCCAAUUUUUUUUAGAUGGAACUGAGCUUGGAUUUGCAAAAGUGGAUGAGGGAUUUUGGAAACGUGGUGGUUUCCAGGGUCAAGAUAUUUGGGCACAAGGGACAAAAAUGGCUCCAUUUGAUGAAGAAUUCCAUUUCAUCAUAAAUUUGGCAGUUGGCGCAAACAAUGGCUAUUUCCCUGAUGAUUUGGCGAACAAAAACGGACCAAAACCAUGGCGUAAUGGGUCACCGACAGCAAUGAAAGACUUCUGGUCACAACGGAACCAAUGGCAAAAGUCUUGGGACUCGGGCGACAAAUCGUCGCUAAUUGUGGAAUCUGUUAAAGUCACGGCUCUCUGAUCACAACAUUCGAGGCGAUGACAUCACACAAUUGAUAUGAAUUACGAAAGUCAUGUCGUAAAUAUGAAAUUCAAGUGUAGGUAUCUUUUGAAGUAAACAUCAGUUAUUUGUGAAAUUUUUUUAUGUUUUUACAUGCCUAAUAAUAAAAAUAUUGAUGAACUUACAAAUUUUACCUUGUUUUCAAAAUAUAACAGAUAAG